AUGUUUUAUUCGAAAGAUCUAUUGGCACGCGAGCAAGCAGUUUUCUACGUAGUAUGGCAAUAUGCGACCAGGCAGAAAAACUCUGUUGAUAAGCGUGAAGUCUUGAAGCAAAAACUGACGAAAUUGUGUGAAUCUAUCAUGGAGCUAAUUCCAACAAUGGGUAAAAGCGGUACGACCCCUCAGCUGUCUCUUUACUUGCUUGCUCAACUUCUAUAUGGCACUGUGCUCAUUUAUAGCAAGCAAGUCGACUUUUUGCAGAAAGACGCCGAAAUGCUUAAAGAAAAUCUUCGAAAUAAAAAUCUUCUCGCUAAAAUUAUAAAAGAAUUUGAAAAGCAUGAAAAAAGGAAAGAAAGACUACGCAGUCUCUCAGCUGCCGGCACGAUUGAUUUGAAUGCAGAACUAGGAAUGGAUAUAAAUCUCAUCCCAGAUGAAAGCCUCUCGGUGUCGCGAAAAGAAAUUACACUAACAGAGGAUUUACCGUUUCCGACAUGGAAGAACCACGAUUUAAACGAAGAUUUAAUACAAUUUUACUCUCCGAUUAACGAUUUUAGUUCUGGGGAUACGUUUCAACGAACAUUUGUGGAAAGUAACAAUUCCGAAGAAAGCAACAGAGGCGAUAUUCGAAAUGCUUCGUCAUUUUUUGCUGAAAACCUUGAGUUUGCGCCUGUUCCGAAUAGAGAUGCUGCAAAAUCUGGAGUUCGAGAUAUUGAUGAUUCUCGAGAAAAACGAAAUACGAAAGAUUUAACCGUUGCGAAUCAAAUCGAACCUGCAUUUGUGGACCCACUCGAGCAAACAAAUCUAGAAGGUAUUGCUGUUGCACAGCCGGAAGAAAGGCCGCAAAUUGUUGCGGAAGACGAUAUUCUUCGUAAUGCGCCGGACGUUGUUGCGCAACCACCAGAACAACCAUCAAAGGAUCCAUUCAUUGAUGAAGUUCGAGAUCAGUUUGAGAUUCCACCCCAAGUUUCUACACCGUUCACUCCUAUAAACGAUGGAAGAAUCAGCAUUUUAACACCAACACCGCUUGAAAAUGAGCGGAUUCGUUCAAUGUCGGUUCAUUCUCGUCCAAUCACUCCAAAAUUGCACGAUUCAACACUUCAAACUCCUUUGAAGCGAAGAUUUGAUGAGACCCUCGAAUUAGACUCUCAAAUCUUUAUGGAGCCAAUUCAUCAGGCUCCACGAAGGAAAAAUCCAAAAUUCGAUCGUGGAGAUCUUCAAAUAUCAAAGGAAGAAAUGAAAGCAAUGGAGAAAGACUAUUCGUCGUUAUUAAAAGAUAUGAGAAAUGUGAUGAUAAAAGAACCGAAUCCGAACGAAUUGACCAUUGAACAACUUUUUGAUCCAUCUCCUUAUUAUAUAAAUAGGAAAAGAUUUCCCGAAAUGUUGCGUUCACUUUAUGGUCCUGGACGUUAUAAUCCCAAUAUUGGCACAACAAUUGAAGACGAAGAUGAUGAAAGCUCAAUUUGCAGUUUCGAUGAAAAAGAUGAGCGUUUCGCCAAAACGUUUCUUCUCGAAUCGCCACAGCGAACCAUUCCUCUCGAAAAUAACGACAUCUCGAAUCAGAAGGAAUUGACGAAUACAUUCCUUGACGAUAAUCAACACAUCAUAAUAUCACAAUUAGAUUUAUUGCCAAUCGAAGAAAUCAACACCGAAAAAGAAAAAGAGGAAGAGGAACCUGUCGGUCAGAUUCGUCGAAGAGAAAAGAGCACAUUUGGAAUAAUGCCAGAACAAAUUGUAGAACAGCUUGAAAAGGAUCCCGUUUUUGUUGAAGAAAUACCAGAAAAUAACAACGACGAAUUUUUCUUCACGUAA